AUGUCCUCAAAGAAGAAAACGAAGAGAGAUCGUUCCGGGAAUAAAUCAGAGGAACACAAAGCCAGCUCCCAUCUUCACUGGAAGUUGCUUCCACCCGGGGAACCAGAUGUCUCAAGGAUAUUGAAAAUAGCGGAAGCAAAUCAGCUUGAGGAGCUUGAGGAUUCUUUUGAUCACCCUUUGCACAGUACCGCUGUGGAUGCUUACGGAGAGGAACAUUCGCACGAGUCACUUGGUCGUGUUUCAGCUCCACCAAGGAAAAAUACAGAAAGAAGUAAAAAACCGCGUCACUCGAAAACAUCUGGUGGUGAUGCGCCGAAAUUCAGCACAGCUGGUCCUGAAGAUGAACCCCUUAAGGAGAACGUGAAGGCUCUGAAUGCUACUCAGUUCCAGGCAAAAAAGAAGCAGCCGCCUUCGGAGAAGAACACGUCAGAUCCUUCUGUGGACAGCCCGUGUUCUGUACAGGUUUGGUGUCCCAAAGAGCUGAAGAGAGCUCCCAGAGAUGUUACAGAACUGGAUGUUGUUCUGGGUGAAUUUGAGAACAUAGUAGCAAAUUACGGACAAAGCAUAGAAUCAAACGUUUGCAGAAAAGCUGUCAAUGACUUCUGUUCUGCUUUCAAGGACCAAAUCACUGAUCUGAUAGCGGAAGUCCAGGAAUUCAAGAAUAUGAAGAAAAAAAAUGCUAAGGUAAUAACAGACAUCAAAAAGAAAAGGCAGCGACUGUUGCAACUCAGGGAAGAGCUAAUUGGAGCUGAACCACAACUGAUAAAACUUCAAAGAGAAUAUGCUGAGGUACAGGAAAGGAAAUCUUCCCUGAGGCAGGCGACUGAACUACUUACUGAUUUAAAGGAGCUACAGCAAGACUGUCUGGAUUACAGAGAAGAAAACCCAAAAGAAAAAGUGGUAUAUGGAACUUCCAGCCUACCUGCUCUUCUGGUGGAGUCGCGGAGAGUUCUAGGAGCAGAAAGACACUUUCAGAAUAUUAAUACGAAACUGGAAGAGGCUCUGGCGGUACAAAGAGGGAAGUUAUCACAGAAACAUUAA